UUAGUUUCCCGUCUCAUGUAUGUGCUGCAAGUACUACACUGCUUUAGACUUCGUAUUCAGGCACUGCAUCGCGUAUUUGCAACAUUUAUUUGGAGCUCGAGUUGCGAAUCCAUGCGGCGCGAUAAUCUGUUCGUCCCUCUUGAACGAGGUGGUUUAGGAUUAGUCCAUCUCUUCGUCAGGCAAAUUGUUUCUCGUCUGUUUUUCUUUCGAGACAGUGAUCAUCCCUUUUUGCGUGAAAUGUUACAGCUCCGAUUAGCUCAUUAUCUUCCUGAUAUAGUAGUGUCAUCAGAUGCCAAAGAUGUCACACAGGCUCCUUGGGGCUUUCUCAAGGAGGUUGUGGAUUCAUUCCUUUUCUUGAAAGUUAGAUUCGGCCUGGAGUACAUUUUCACUGCGAGUCGAAAAGAAAUUUCUGCUGCACUGGUGUAUUCGAUUUUCCCAGAUCCUUUGUAUCGUGCACCUUAUUUAAAUCAGCCUUAUCAGGAUGUACUUAGGCGGGUCCGUAAAAUGUGUAUACCUCCUGGAGCUAAAACAUUUUUCUUUAAACUGCAUACGGAAACACUUCCUGUUAAAACCUGGUUGAAGGCGAGGGGCUGCUUCGUGCCAUGGUCCACGAACUGUCGACUGUGUCCACGUGCUGAAACUAUAGAUCACUGUUUUAUAGACUGUACAGAUGCUAUAUUUUUCUGGGACAUUCUCCAACGGACGCUUAAAAAGGACAUUGACAUCACUCCAUACGCAAUUAGAUUCCUACCGUUUAAGAUUAGUGGCGGUCCUCCCUAUGACAUGUUCGUAGUACUGGGUUUGUAUAGCCUAUGGAGAGCUAGAAUGUGUGAUCGCCAUGCCGAAAGCCCGCGAUCUACAAGAUCAUUCUUUCAAGAAAGUGCAGCUUAUAUAAGAAGUGUGUACGCCGUGCAGGAACCUCCGCCUGACUGGAUGCACUUGUUGGACGCAUGUGUGUGUUUGCCCGAGUUUUAAGUGUGUAGCUAUGUCCGCACUGUAAUAUACCUUCCACUUUAUUUUCCAUGCAUUAAAGAAAAAAAAAAGUGGCUGUAUGGCUGAGUGGUUACGGCGCUCGCUUCGGGAUCUUGCGUACGCGGGUUCGAAACCCGCUCUGGCUACUUUUUUUUUCUUUUUCACGCUUUCCCC